UCAGUUUGAAUCAAGAUGCGUGUCGUACAAUGUUUUCCCAUCAUAAUGUGGAUUUCCAGUUUAAUUGUUGCAGAGCGCAAUAUGUCGAGAAUUGAUUUAUCCAAUUGCAAACUGUCUCAACUUGGGACCGAAUACAGAGGUUUCAUUUCGACAACUGCUGGUGGCUUUCGCUGCCAAUUGUGGACUGCUCGACAAUCACAUAAUAUUGACAUAAAUGACGGGAAUUUCCCAGAAAAAUCAAUGAAACUGGCCAAAAAUUAUUGCAGAAAUCCCACUAAAGAUGUAAGAGGUCCUUGGUGCUAUACGUUAGAAUCUACGGUUAUCGAUGACGAAUGCGACAUUCCAUUAUGUAAUUACGGAGAUUGCGUAAUAACGGGACCAGGAGCCGAAUACGGUGGCAAUCGUAGUUUUAGCGCUUCAAAGCGAAAGUGUAAAUCUUGGAAUAAGAGAUACAAAUUCGACAACACAAAAACCGUCAAAUUCCGCGAUAAACAUUUUCCGGACGGGUCACGGAUACAAGCGAGUAAUUUCUGUAGAAAUCCAAAUGACGAUUCCGGUGGCCCGUGGUGUUACGUCGAAGAAAAGAGUUACGAGCGAGUGGAGAAGGAAUAUUGCGACGUUUCAUUUUGCGACGAUAAAGACUGUUUACUUUAUUCACAAAAUACGUCAGCGUAUGUUACGUUAACGGGAUUAAGCGGCACAAAUGGGAACAUAUCUUUUUGGAUUAAACUCUGGAAUCCUCUGGACGAACAAAAUGCGGAAGUGAGAAUUUUAUUAAGUUUGCUUCCAAUUCCGUCUUCCGCUAAAAUGAUCGCUCAAGAUUGGAAAGCUGGAGUGGAAUUUUUGAUUUCGAACAACGUCAGCGGUAUGACGUAUCCGAUUGUUCAUAAUGAACUUUUUGAAGAUACGCCUGGAAUAUUGCUCAGUUCUAAAUGGACUGGGUUUUGGAUCACGUGGAUUAACGGUUUCAUAUCUCUUGGGAUUCACGGUGUGUCCAAGCCGUUAAUUAUGGAAAAAUAUAAAACGCAAGAUGGCAUUUCGAGUCUUUAUCCCGACAGCUUUUUCUACUACGGCAUCACGGGAACCGGUGUUUUAUGGAGCACAGAACUGUGUCAAAAAUAUUGUGAGAGUCACAUAAGUUUUGGAAACGAGAUUUUGCACAUUUGGCCGAUGCAAACCGUUAACAAUACGCAAGACGUUCGAUUUUACGUUCGAGCUAGUCGCAAUGUAAUAAUGCGAUUCCAUCAAAAUCCCGGAACGUUAUUUCCUUGUUUCACAUUAGAAAUUGCACGCGAUGAUAUCACAUCUUUGCUGUACGAAGAGACUGAAAAAUCGGUGAAACAAUAUUUGAAAGAAGUCACGACUAAGAGAAUGCUCGAUUAUUGGAAUUGGAAAGAGUUCACGAUCAGCAUCUUUGGCACGCACUUGCGUUUGUUCUCGCAACGUGAAUACGGGAGCGAAGAGAUCUUACACGCAAAUCACGAUCGACUGAUUACCGCGCGUUGGUUUAGCGUUGGAAGCGAUCAAACAAUAGCACACUGGACAUUUUUUUGUCCACCCGAUGAAGCAAAUGUGAUAGAGGAUCCCCAACCACCAAACUGUAUUCAUAGUACUGCAGAAUAUCAAUAUCAAGGAACUCAGUGGACGAGUGCGGGAGAACUUCCGUGUGUGCCGUGGAUAGCAGAAGAGAUACCGCAAGAUGAGAAGAUAGUCGACAAUUUUGUCGAUAAAUCUAUAAUUGAAGCUUUAAAUCGAUGUAGAAAUCCAAGUCAUGAUCCUAACGGUCCUUAUUGCUACGCGACUGCCGAUCCGCACGUCACCAGCGUUGCAAAACAAUCUUGUCCUGUGCGAAUUUGCAGAUCGUCAGAAUGCCGAAUGGCAGGGACAGCUAACGACUACAUCGGCACCUUGUCGGUCACUCGUUCGGGUCGGACCUGCAGAAAAUGGCUGAGUGACGGUCUAAAGAAAAUGCAAGAGCGAAAUACGUCGGAAUCGGAAAUAAAAUUCUCCUCUAGACUUCCCAAACGGAUGACUCGCGUCGUCCAGUCUCGCUGGAAAAGUUCUUCGACGGAACGCGAUAUUUUAUUCGAAUCGUUUUCGAAUUUGCCAUCGCCGUCAAGAUCCAUUCGCAAACUUAUCGGUAGCAACAUCGUUGAUCCGGCGUAUCUGAAUUCCAGUCUUUAUCCCGAACGCAGUGUGCAAAAUGCCAGCAAUUAUUGCAGAAAUCCCUCGCGCAAUAUCGCCGGUACGUGGUGCUACACGACGGAUCCGCAGGUGCCGCAGGAUCUUUGCGACGUAAGGGAUUGCGAGAGGCCAGAGGAAUGUACAUUUUUCGUAAAGGGAUACGGUAUCGGACGACGUUUGUACGUUUUACCGGAAUAUCGUUCGGAGGGUUUGCAUUUUUCAUUGAAAGCAUGGGAACCGGAUCAGCCGGACUCUAUAACGUUCGUGUUCACCGCCGAUGACGGAUUCAGAUCUCGAUACAUUCUUAAACUCGGAGCGUUAGACAACGAGAAAGUACUUCUCUAUUAUCAAUCGGAAACGAAUGACAUAAUUUUAGUAAAGAAAAAAACACUGCCGCAUUUGUUGUACCUCGGCAAAUGGAGCAGUUUUGUAAUUCGCUUGCCGCGAGGCCGCGUUCUCGUUUAUUACGAAGGAGCGUCAAAUCCGUUGUUCGAAUGGGAACAUCCCGAACCGGCCAAAGCCUUCUUGCCGGUUUACUAUUAUUACAACAGCGAAAAAGGACACGCGAUAGGAGUGGCUUUCGAUUGCGCUUCAAGAUGUCAUAUAGAGAACACGCAAACCGAUCGCUACACCAGAAUAUUGCCGUUGUCUACGUGGUCGAAACAAGAAACAGUCAAACCCGACAAAUUAACGCUGAUGAUACGCGCCAAGGGUGUUGUUCUAAUACCGUUACUUCUGCUGCCCGCAACCCCGGGGUUUUACGUACUCACACUCGGCGAGCGCGGUCAGUGGAUCUAUUUUCUGAAAAACACGUAUCCCAACGUAAAAGUUUAUCACAAACAAAAAGCACGCAAGCCCAUAUUCUUCACCGAGUCCUGGACGAAUAUCACCAUAAGAUGGUCCGAAAAUACAAUUCAAUUAUUCUGCAAUGAAACAAACGUGUUCUAUUACGUGCAUCGACAACCGCUCGUUUUUUAUUUCUUUUCGCUCGCCGUGGACCCCGGAAGCUGGGCAACCUGGAGCGCUAAUUGCGUGCCAUCAGACAUAGACGGUCCCCCUUUGGACGGCGGAUGGUCAGAAUGGGGUCCUUGGACAUGCAGCGCCAGUUGCAACGGUGGUGUAGGAACCAGGAAACGACAAUGCAAUUCACCGGAACCUAACGUGAGGGGUGAACCUUGUACAGGACCCGGUAGCGUGACGGGUCGUUGCAACACGAUUCCUUGUGGUGAUAUAACCAGUGAUACUAUAACUUUAAUUAAAAGAGAAAUUGGACAAAAUUACACUGCUCUUACUGUAAACGAGCACGAGUCGAUAUCGCUCUUUUCAAAUCUGAAUAUUGUGAAUUCCAUCAAAGCUGAGUCGCCUGAGUUGGAGAUACAAUGGUCUCAUAAUGGAAUAUUUCUUCAGGAAGAACAGCUCAGAUUAGAGAUAAGAGAUUAUAAAAUCAUAAUAAGUAGAGCAAUAUUAAACGACUCGGGUGUGUACACACUUACUGUGCAUCGAACAGACGGAACGUAUAUGAUAAUUGGAGUGCUGACAUUGGCGGUAAUUCCAGCGACGGAAAAUGUUGUAAUUCGCGAAACUCUUUCCAUGCACGUAAUAUGCCAUUGCGCCAUACUCGGCUACGUAUAUUCGGAUCUGAAAAUUUACUGGACGAUCGACAGCAAGCUGUGGAAAGAUUAUAGCUUUACUUUACCCAUAGCCGCAAAUGUCGAUCACGUUCCAGCUGUAAAUAAAUCUCACGCUGGCGUGUGGAAAUGCAUCGUUGAACAAACUGAUCUGAAUUUUAAAUGGACAACGAAUAUAAUAUCUGUCAAAGGUAAAUCCAAGAGAGAAAGAGCGCGCGCGCGAGAGAGAGAGAGAGAGAGGGAGGGAGGAGAGUGCAAAAGUUUUAUUUAUCGCAGCGGAAACCGUAUGAGAUUCUCUAAUUCUACCCGAAGUAAUGAUAUCUCGGGAGCCAUAUAGGUUGGUCUGCCAUCAGCUACUGUAAUUGGCCCAUUACUUGCUACCGUAUGGAAUGCAAUCCAAUUAGAAAGACAGAGAACAUACCCGGAGGCACUUCGUCACGUUACUCACUCUUCUAUAUCCUUCCCUGUGUUGCUGCUGCACAUAUCCUGCACUCGUUCUGCGACUCCUUCUUUCUCGUCUUCUCCCUCUUCUCCGCCGCUGCUCUCUCCGCAUAUGUCGUUUUGCUUUGAUUUUCGCUUUCCGCCUUACACUGUCUUCGUUCUUUUUUCUUCUCCCAUUUUUGUUCUUCUUCUUUCAUAAAAAAAUCGUUCUGAAUUUCGUUUUUCUGUCGAUCUUGUAAAAUUGAUUUGGCAAGACAGUGCGCCGAAAAAAAAAAAAUUGAUGGCGCAAUGAUGAUUAAUAAUCACAUGGUAACUGUAUGUAAUUAAAGUAAAAAGAAAGUGAAUUUGGUAUAACAAUCUAAAAAUUAAAAAAUAUGUGU